UUCGGUAACAAUAUUAUGUGCAACGUCAAUAAAAUGCAUUAACGCCGCGAAUCGGCAGAAUAUCGAUCUGUUUUUACCCGUACCAUCCAGAGGAAAAUCGAACAACUUUCUUUUUUGCUAUUGCUACUCUCUGUUUGUGUGUGAAUGUGUGUGUGUGUGUGUGUGUGUGUGCGAGCCAUGCUAAUGCAAAAAAGCGCAACGUAAAAUAAGAGUUGCACAUACGACCAAUACCAAGAUAAAGUUAACGCGUUCAGGAAACCCGUACCUACAGAAAACACAACACGUACAAAUUUUCACAAUACAAUUUAACGCAACUGUGGUACACCAAUCCACAACUAACAAGCAAAAAAAACAUCAUCGCGCUCGCUGCUGUCGCGCAACAAUAUGAAGAAAAUCUUUUCGAAAUUUGAAAAAAAUGAGAAACUGGAUAACUCGCACAAUCACUCCAGCUCCUCGUCCAAGGAGACCAACAGUUUCGUCGGCAAAGUUUUUACAGUUGGCCGCGUCACAGUCACCGUGGAGGAUGUCUUGGCCGAAGGUGGCUUUGCUAUGGUGUUCCUGGCGCGGGCCAAUAGUGGGGGUGGCGCAAAAUACGCAUUGAAACGCAUGUACGUCAAUAAUGAACACGAUCUGAAUGUGGCCAAACGGGAGAUACAGAUUGCCAGCAAUCUGAGCGGUCAUAAAAAUAUAAUUGGAUAUGUGGACUCAAGCAUAACGCCAACGGGUAAUGGCGUCUGCGAGGUGCUUCUUCUAAUGCCAUACUGCAAGCAUCACAUGCUGGCCAUGAUGAAUGCUAGACUUCACGUUGGCUUCAACGAGCAGGAAGUGCUGACUAUCUUCUGUGAUAUUGCUGAGGCGGUCUCUCGCUUGCAUUAUUGUCAAACGCCGAUCAUCCAUCGAGACCUUAAGGUUGAGAACAUUUUACAGAACGAUGCUGGUAACUUUGUGCUCUGCGAUUUUGGUUCGGCGACAGCCAAAACACUCAAUCCGCAGCACCAUGGUAUUACUGUGGUGGAGGAGGAGAUACAAAAGUACACAACACUCUCAUAUCGGGCACCCGAAAUGGUCGACCUUUAUAGCGGCAAGAUUAUCACGACCAAGGCGGACAUCUGGGCGCUGGGUUGUAUGCUCUACAAGCUGUGCUUCUUCUCUCUUCCCUUUGGCGAGAGCACACUGGCCAUUCAAAACGGACAAUUUGCCGUGCCAGACAACUCCAAAUACUCGAAAGGCAUGCAUCAAUUGAUCAAAUAUAUGCUGGAUACCGACCCGGAACGUCGGCCAAACAUCUGGCAAGUAUGCGAGGUGGCGUUCAGACUGGCGGGCAAGGAUAAUCCUGUACAGAACCUGCACAAAUCUCCCAUUCCGAAUUUCGAUCAACUGUUGGUGCCACCCUUCGAGUCUGAGGCAAAGCGUAUCAACGCCGCUGCCGCCAAGGCCUCAAAGCCCCAGGUCGUUUCUAUUGUUGAGGCAGGCACGAGUGUGGCGCCGCGGUCACGACCCAAAGGCUCAACAUCUGUGCAUGGACAGAAUGCGUUGGGCUUAGGACUGCCUCCUAGUCCUUCGCCGCGCCAGAAUAUUACGUCGCCGCAGCCGCAACAGCAGCAACCAGUUGUCGAGCAGUUUCAGGCAAAUUUUCCGGCCAUGCCGCCACCACCAGAGCAGCCAGUUGUCUGCGCAUCUGUUGCCGCAGCACCUGUAGAGGCCGAGGCUAAUGCGGGGACAAGCAGCGCGACAAGCAACCCAGGCGCUCCACCCGAAGCGCUCAACAGUUUAUUUGAAUCAAGCGUGUAUCCGGAUCCCUUCAACGAAGCGGCAUCCGCUGCAGCGCCAGCACCUUUAGAGAGUAUUGAGAAGCCAACAACUACGACUACUGGUCCCCCAUUAGCCACUGAACUGAGCGCACCCAAAAAUUGUACACCCAUAAAGCAUAUGUUGACGCCGCCGAAGUCCAGUGCCGCUGGCGGUCAUCGGCGUAAUGUGAGCGACACCUCAGCCUUUAAUAAAACCUUUGCCAAUGAGACCAGUCAGUUCUUGGCGCCCUUCAACAAUAACAUCGCCGUUGGGGAGGGUCUCGCAAACGCCGCCCUAGCUACAGCCUCCAAUCCUGGCAUCUAUCCAGCGGCCACAUCGCUCUCUACCAGCGAGUUUUCACGCCAAGGCGAUGGGAAACGCGUCCACGCCUGGAACCCAUUCGAAGAGCAACCAUUCGGUCAAAUGACAGAGGAUCACAUAUUCGAGGCCGAGUUCGAUAAGAUUCGCCAGCGUGGAAGCCAAGGCAGUAUUACGGCCAAGUCCGCCUCCACAACGUCCACGCAAACGCCUACAGAGCAAAAUGCAGCAAACUCAGCUCCAACUCCAGCAGCUGCCACCUCUGCUGUUGGGGCCGCUGCAGCGGCGCCUGUGGUACCAACAGCCACCACGACCCCACAGCCAGUUGUCACGUCUUCGCAACCACUUCCCGAGGAUCCAUUUGGCUCGGCGCCAUUCAGUUUGCCGCCCGGCUUGCGUGAAAAGGCCAGUUCUCUGCGCAAAACUGGAGCUAAAUUUAUCGGCAUCGGAUCGAGUUGCUCCUCCAUUAGCGUCGGUGGCAGUCAAUGCUCCGCCACGAGCGCUGGUGGCGCUGUCUCAUCCACCUCGUCGAAGUGGUUGCUCUCGCCCACACUGGAAGUGUCCAGCGAAGAGAAGACCUCACUAAUUAGCAAACUUAAGACAGACUCUGAGGGUGGUGGUGGCAUUGGGGUUACAGAAGGCGCAACUGGAUUUGUGAAACUGCCUUUGGAGGAUCGCAAUAAAUACGAAAAGUUGCGCAGCAACGACCAACCAACCUCAGAUGACUCCGACUCGGAGUUCUUUCAGGAGGACGACGGCAAUAACACCAAAAAGGCGGCCAUCUUUAAGCAGAUCGUGACCAGCAACAUUCCCGAAACCAUCCACAAGAUCCAUCAGGUGGCCUAUCACAAGGUGGACAAGUCCCAUCUGCCCAUUGUGAAGAAGCUGCGUCAGACAGCGACCACAAAGCGACCAACAACGGCUGCCCAGCAGGUGGCACAGCAACUAAACGCGCAGCUGGAGCAGCACGAGCAACAACAACAGCAAGCAGCAGCUGUGGCCGCUGCUGUGGCGGCUCAGGCACAGGCCCUUGCUGAGUCCGACGGUGAUGCGGACUCUAUAGGCUCGGCGAGUGAUUUGCGCGCCGAGGACGAUGACUUUUUUGACGAGAAUCCGCGCGCUGUGCAAUCCAAGCUGCGACGUCCUUUGCCUACGGAGAUGGAUGGCAUCAGCGAGAGCGUUAAGACCUGUAAUUCCUCAGCGUAUCACGCGGAAUGCGAAAGCGUUACAACCCACGAGGACGAUGUGCGCAGCCGUGUGGUGGUAAAGGUACGCAUGCGCAAGAAGGAUCGCACCGCUGCUUUGGCAACAGCAGCAGCAGCGGCAGGUGGCGAUGUAAGUGGUGGUGGCGGCGUUACUAUGAAGGAUGAAAGCGAUCUGAGUCCCAACUCCAUUGAUCUGCUACACAAAUUUGGCGACAAACCGCUGCUUCUGGACGACGAGCUGGACUAUACUUCCGCGGAAUCAUCCGAUAACAACAAAGAACGCAGCAGCAAUGAGUCCGCGCACUCCCCAACACCACCUAAUCCGAAGGUUCUGCCUGGUGAACCCGAGGAGUUGGAUGUAUUCGCCAUGGCCCCCUUCAAAUUACCCGCCAGCAUGCCACCCAAGCGUAAGGCUAAGUCCAAGCCACCAGUUGCCAGCAGCACGCCAAAUUCUAGCGCCGAAAUCUGGACUUCGACGCCGGUAAAAAGUAGCGAAAAAGUCCUUUCCAGCUUUCCAGCGCAUUUAACGCCGACUCCACCGCCAUUAGCAGCCGCACCACAGCUGGAUGAGUUCAAUGAGCCGGUCUUCAAUCCCUUCAUACAAACGCCACAGGCCAGCGAAUCCAAUUUUGGUGUGGUUACGGUGGUUAGUAGCGCCCAAGUGUCUCCCAGGAUCACCUCUUACGAGAAGUCCAGUCAGCGCGAUUUGUUUGGCUCCGAGCCAUUUCCGCAGGUAAUAAGUAAAUGUGUUGUCGUAACGCCUGAAACAUCCAGCAAGCAACCACCUUAUCCCAGCAACAACAACAACAAUAUCAAGCUACCAGCUUCCAACUUCAACUCCACGCAACUUGUCACCAUAAAUCAUUCGAUUAUAAUCAAUAAAACGCCCGAUCCAAAGCCAAGUCAACCUCCUCAGAGCGCCUCCUCAACCGUUUAUGUCAAUACGCCCGCAUCCAAGGUGCCCCUUUAUGCUCCAACCGCCCCAUCGUCCGUGCUGCCUAGCAGCUCAGUGGUGCAGCAGCUGAAGGUCUUGCCACAGUCCAUGCAACCUAUGCUCCCCAUUGCCGAUAAUGAAUUCGUACAAAUCUCUCAAGAUCGCUGCUCGGACUUCACGCCCGACGACGAGGAGGAGCCCGUGGUGUUGCGUGGUGCCGACCUGGUUGCAGAACCACUCGACGCUGGCGAUAGUGCACCGCCGAAGAUCAGCGACAGCUCCAAGCCGAAGAAGGAAAAGUCCCAUCUGGCUGUAAGGGCGCUGCCCGCCAAGCUGACGCAAAAGGUAAAGAGUCACUCUACCUAUAAGAAAGUAACCGCUGCUGGCUUGGGCUCCACAUCCUCCCUAAGCUCGGGCAGCAAACAGAAACAUCAGCGCCUGCAAUAUAAGUCGCAGGAUGAUGACGAGGACUUCGAGAAUAAAACCAGUUCGACAGCCACGCCUGGAAGUUCCAGCUGCUGUCGCAAUUUUCAGUCCAACACCAUUCAGAACUCGGCAAAGACGGGUUUCAGCAACAUGAGCUUUGAGGACUUUCCCUCGGAUCAGGAAAUGGAUCGCCUCUCCAAAACCAUACCCUUCGAGGUGGUGCGCAACGAGAAAAUGUUGCUCGAGGCUGAGAAGAAGUUUGGCUCCCUGAAACGACGCAAUAAUCUCUUCUCCUAGAACCUAAACAAUCAGUCACACCAUAUAGCGAUAUACUAUAAGUAUACAUAUGUUUGUUUUGGCAACAGCAAAUACUGAAAGAACAAAUACUUAGAAGACUGGCAUUGUCUGCGAACCAUUCCGCUUCUUGUGUUUCAGAUCAAGGAAAACGCUACACUAAAUACUUCCAUACGCGUAUUAUAUGGUAUAUAUGUAUAUGCAGCCUAGUUUAUUGUAGAAACAUAAAUUAUUCACCCAUUGAAAGAAAUUUGGAGAAAGAAACCUCUCAUUUUAAUUGAACUUACUUGUAUUCAAUUUGAAAGUGCGGGAGCUAAUCUGCAAUUUCCAGAUUAAAUAUGGGUUGCUAUUUUAUAAAGAACUACAUAUUAUUAUUUUUAUUAGUUGUAAAAAAAUAAUAAUUUGCGGUUUUUUAUAAAAAUCAGAUAAAUAAUAGGGGUAUUUAUUAUAAAAGAAUGCAAUUGCAAUCUUAGGGUUUUUCAUUGUCAUACUUUGUGGAAUCUCAUAUUUAAUUUAACUAUACAAGUAUAUAUAUAUUGCGGCAGCAUUGCGCGUAUAUUUCGAUUUCUUUUUCACUUCAAAAACUAAAACUUUGCCAACAUAUUUCUGUUUUCUCUGAUUUGGUCUCAAAGACUUUAAUCAUAAGUAGGGAAUAUUAUAUAAAUAUUACUAUCCUUAAAUUUGGCAUAAACGUGGCGCAGUCUAAACAAUAUUACAGGACGUCCGAGUAUGUAUAAAUAUACAUAUAUUUAUUUACAUAGGUGGGGUAAAUUAUUGAUAGAAUUAUUCUGAAUCAGCGGUCAAACAAUUGACGAAUAAUUUGCACACAACUUUGCUGAAUUUUACAACUAAGUUUUUAAUAGUAGAUGUUUCUGUAGCAAAAAACUUUUAGUAUAAAUAAAAUAUUUCUCUUGGAAUUAAAGAAAGGAACAUCAUAUUUG